AGACUGAGCAGUUUAAAUUUGAAAGGUUCUUCAACGUCAAUACUUUUCGCGGAACGUUCGAAUCGACGAAUCAACGUUGAAUUCGAUUGUUGACGUUUCAAACAGAUUCGCCCGAUGAAACGUCACACCACGGCACUUUGAAAAUGGAGGGCGCACCAACAUGGAAUUUGGUCGUGGAAAACAACCAACUGUUCCUUCUCGUAAACGAAAAGAAAGCUGUAGAAUGCAAUGGAAAAAAUCUAGUAGUGGAGCAAGUUGGUCAUGGCAAAUCAACAAAUGAAAUUAGGGUAAAGUUAAUUGGAGUAAAGCUUGGGCGGAAUCUGUUUCUUAGUAAUUUGUAUGUAAAAUCAGAAUACCAAGUUAGAACAGUGACAGAAUUAAUAGAAAAAAUAGCAUCAACAUGUCCUUGGAUAGAGAUUUACAGUCGAAAAAGAAAAACAGACACAAAAGAAAAGGAGACCAGCACAAAAAAAACUAAAGUGAUCAUAGAUGAGAUAGACACUAUAGAUUAUGUAAUGAAAAAGCUAUCACCCAUACCAAUGGGAAACAACUACCUGGGAAAAUUUGAAGUUAAUAUAUUAACAUUAAUGCCUCCACCAGAAAAAUAUUUGGUUAGAAAAGUGAACCAUGAUUGGGUGAGACUGCUCAGACAAAAAAUAGAAAAAUAUCCAAAUGUUGUUUCAACAAUUUUCCCAGUACUGAUAGAUCCGUUGCAGGUGAAGGAAAGAUCAGAAUUUUCAGCAGAAAAGUUAUCCACAUACCAGCUAUAUACUUUAGGUGGAAAUCAUUUAAGAACUGCCAUGCAAAAUCUGGCAAAGGAAGCCUAUCUGGAUGAAAUUAGAAAUGUACAGAUCCAUCUCUACUUUGAAUUGAAUGAACAAGAGGCAAUGACUGUUUCAAAUAGUCACAAUGGCACACAAGCUUAUCUCAAACCAACAUUUCAGGACACUGUUUACCAGGCUUUAAAACUAAAAGAAGCAAACAAAACAUCUCUUCCAGCAAGUGUGGCACAGAUGCUUUCUGAAAUAGAAAUGAAGGAAGUUGCAAAGGAAAGUGUUGGCACCAUUGUCAGUGUGGCAAACUAUGGACAAGUUAACAUGAAAUUGUAUAAUUUGCUUGUCACAAAAUUUCAACAGAAAAAUGGAAGUUUUAAAAGCAUCCCUCAGAAUCUAUUCAAAGAACUUCAAGGCAUCAAAGAUGAAGACAGGACAUCUUUUCUUCAAGAUGCCCUUGACAAGUCAAUUGAAGUGUCACUUAGAAAAGUUAAACUUGCAAAGAAAAGAAAAAAAUUAGAGGAGUGUAUGAUGAAAAUAACAAAAUGUAAAACUCCAGAUUCAUGUAAAGAGAUAUAUCCAGACCAUUGGGAUGGAAUUGACAGAUUUAUAGGAUUGGAAAUAACAAAGAAUGUGAUUCCUGCAGUAUUUGUAGAAUAUUGCCAGGAAGCAUCUGAAACUGCUGAUUUGGAUGAUUGUGUGCUGAAGGAUUUUAAUCCUGAAAUUAAAUUCACAGUGACUUUAAAUGGAAAAGAUAUAACGCAAAUUCGUAACAUUGAAACAAUCCUGAAUACAUAUAAAAAAAAGGCUUUCUUGAAAUUAGUAAAAAAACAAAAUGAAAUACUUAAGGCUGUUGAUGAAUCCAUAUGUACUGAAAAAGAUGACACCAUGACCAUCAGUAACGACUCGGGUUUUUCUGAUACAAGUAUUGAUAUAAGUGACAGCGCUUUUAUUCAAGAUGAAUCUCUUACAGAUUCACUCACUGAUUUGUUGAAUGAAAGUAAUGCUGAAACACAGCCGCCAGAAAACUGUACAUCACAAGACUUAUUCAGCAAUUGAAAAUAAUUGAUAUUUUGUACAAUUUAAGGUGGUACACAACACUUUCACUCAAAUGCAUUUGGCUUCUUUAAUUUUCAUUAAAUUUUGACGAAACAUUUACUUUGACCUGCUCAGAAAAGUAUAAAAAGUUAUAGAUUUUGAACCACAUAAUUUACGGGCAUGAUGUCACUGGAUAAUAUAGCAGUAUGACAUCAUUGAGAAGCUUAAUUUCUCUUUACUAUUAGUACAAGAUUAAAAUGUUCAGUUGAUUUUUAAAGAGUUGUCUCCCUGUAGUGUUACGUACCACCUUAAUAAUUUUUAAUAUUUUAUAAAUCAAAUGUGUACAUAAAAAAUGUAAAAUGGUAGAAAUAAAAUUACAACAUAUGUAAAUUAUUCAUCUCAUAUAUAUUUUGUAAUACAAAGUAAAACUAUUCUGUAUCAAACUAGCAUGUUUUAUAUGUACUGUAGAGAUAAAAAUAUGAAAAAUAAUGACUGCACAGGAAAAUUUUGUGUUUUAUAGAAGGAAAUAAACUUCUGGUGUUAUAAAGUCAUAGAUAUUUGUGUUUAUCUUAUUUUAUAUUGAAUUUUAACUAAGGUUAUGAUCAUUCAAUGUUUUGUGGGUUUGUCAUUCUUUUGAUAAUCUUUAAAUGGUUUAAACUUAGAUUUUCUCAAACAUUAAUUAAUAAGGAAAACAAUAAACAAAGUUGGUUUAUUGACAUAGA